CGCGCUGGCGGUGCGGGGUCACGAACUAUGACCUUUAACAGAAGAAAACCAAAACAAAUAUUUUAUAAGAUAGCAGAGAAUUAUAAAUCUUUGAUUCCGGAAUCCAAAAGGUGCCAACCUCUCCUUCAGAUUCGAUGAUGAGCGGGUCUCCGCACCGCUUUCAAGUCAUCUCCACGGAACCCACUACAACACCACAGCGAAUACAGAUUGUAACUGACCAGCAGACUGGUCAGAAGAUCCAGAUUGUGACAGCAAUGAACUCAUCUAGUGCUCCCAAGCAGCAGUUUAUCCUGGCUGCAGCUGAUGGCUCUGCAGCAGGCAAGGUGAUCUUGGCCUCUCCAGACAACCACAAUGCCAAGCAGCUCAUCUUCACUGCUGCAGACAGCCUGAUGCCAGGCAGGAUACAGAUUGUCACUGAUGCAGUGUCAAUGGAACGGCUACUAGGGCAGGCUGGGGAUUUGAGCCGGCAACAGCCAGUGGAGUACUGUGUGGUAUGCGGAGACAAGGCUUCAGGGCGUCAUUAUGGAGCAGUCAGCUGCGAGGGCUGCAAAGGCUUCUUCAAGAGGAGUGUAAGGAAAAACCUGACCUACAGCUGCCGCAGUAAACAGGACUGCGUCAUCAAUAAACACCACCGGAACCGCUGCCAAUUCUGUCGGCUGAGGAAGUGCCUUGAAAUGGGGAUGAGGACAGAGUCUGUGCAAAGUGAAAGGAAGCCCAUUGACUUGGUGCCCAGAGAGAAGCAUGCAAACUGUGCUGCCUCCACCCACAAAAUCUAUAUCCGCAAGGACCUCAACAGCCCACUCAUUGCCACGCCAACCUUUAUUUCUGACACAGAAACUGAAGGUUCCAGAUCCAGCCUGCUGGACCAGGGGAUGCUGGUGAACAUUCAGCAGCCUGUCAUCCAGUCGGAAGGAUCAUUGCUGCUGGCCGCUGACUCUAAGAUGGAGUCAGGGCAGGGGGACUUAGGGACGCUAGCCAAUGUGGUGACAUCACUGGCCAAUCUCAGCGAUUCGCUCAAUGAAAACUUAAACAAUGGUGAUACCUCAGACGGCCAGCAGGAGGAGCAGUCUGCCAUUGAGAUAACACGUGCCUUUGAUACCCUGGCUAAAGCCCUGAACUCAUCAGAAGGAGUGGGCCAGACCCUGGCAGAUAAAGCAGAAUGUGUUGGUGGAGCCACAAUUCAGCUGAUCAGUCGUGACCAUGAGACGCCUAUCAUUGAGGUGGAGGGGCCACUGCUCACAGAUACCCAUGUCAACUUUAAGCUGACUAUGCCCAGCCCUAUGCCUGAAUAUCUGAAUGUACACUACAUCUGUGAGUCAGCAUCACGCCUCCUCUUCCUCUCCAUGCACUGGGCACGCUCCAUCCCAGCCUUCUCAGCUCUUGGGCAGGAGGUGAACACUUGUUUGGUGCGAGCCUGCUGGAAUGAGUUGUUCACUCUGGGUCUUGCUCAGUGUGCUCAUGUGAUGAACCUGUCCACCAUCUUGGCUGCCAUUAUCAAGCACCUUCAGAGCAGUAUCCAGGAUGACAAGGUGUCGGGGGAGAGAGUGAAACAGGUGAUGGAGCACAUCUGGAAGUUGCAGGAGUUCUGUAACAGCAUGACAAGGGUGGAGACCGAUGGCUAUGAAUAUGCCUACCUGAAGGCAAUAGUAUUGUUCAGCCCUGACCACCCAGGCCUAGAUAGCAACAGCCAGAUUGAGAAGUUCCAAGAGAAAGCACUGAUGGAGCUUCAGGACUACGUGCAGAAGACCUACCCAGAUGACACCUACAGAUUGACGCGCAUCCUGAUGCGUCUCCCAGCCCUGCGCCUAAUGAACUCAAGCAUCACAGAGGAGCUCUUCUUCACUGGCUUAAUAGGCAAUGUCUCCAUAGACAGUAUCAUUCCAUACAUCCUUAAGAUGGAGACAGCUGAGUAUAACAGCCAGGACUCGGACCCUAUAGAAUGACACCCCAUCACUCCUCCAUGCAGAGCUGUUUAUUCAAAGAUAAGUAAACGCAUUUCAUGUACUGUCCUCAUCUCUCACAGGAUUUAAUAUAGACAUGUUCCCGUAUUUACAUGCGCCAAAUGUGCGUGCGCAGAUUGUGAGGCAAAAAGGGGCCACGAGUCUUGUGUUUGUAAACAUUACUACGUUCAUUUCGAAGCGAUCAUCACGGAGAAAUUGAUUUAAAAUGAAACGAAAUGCCUCACAAUUGUUGCGCUGUCGGUUGUACAAAUCGUAAAGGUGGUAAAAACAAGCAUCUGCAUUUUUAUCGCAUGCCCAAAGGGAAAACUCCAGUCAAAAAAUGAAGAAGACAGGCGUGGAUUCAUGCGAUCUGUUGAGAGGACUGGAAGACGUGGUCGGAAGAGCAAAUAUCAAACGCGAAGAUUUGCAGAGGAUAUUUAAUAUCUGGUACUAUGUAUCCGUUUCUUACAAAAGUAAGUAUUGUGAUUUAACAUAAGUAAGUAACAGUUCUAAAUGUGAUACUGUCCUAGUACAGCAACUGCCAAACCAAAGUUUGAGUUGUUGAGGCCUAGCCUUCCUCAAGUUUGACAACGGUUCCAUCAGCUUUCUUGUGUCAUGAAGUUUGAGGUCAUAAUUUGACUCCAGCCUUGAUCUCAUAACCGUAAAAACAAUUCAACUUUUGUUGAAUACAAAUGAUUCAACUGUACAAACAAACAACGAGGGCUUAGCUUUGAUUUGAUGAAGUAAAACUUGUUUUCCUUCGAUAACGGAUGGUAAAAGCAGUCUUGGACAUGUCCACCAACAAAGUAAUCGUAUGCUUCUAAAGACUCGUAUGCCUUCACUGAUUCUUUCGUAAAUAUACUUGGUGUGUCUAUGAGGUAUUCAGUCACAUCCCUCCAGCCGAUGUUUGGCAACUCCAUGAUAUCGCUUGUCCACUGAGCUUCAGCAAGCAUAAACGGAUCGGGAAGCUUUCUCCAGUGCUUAGCGUAAGUUUCGACUCGUAAUGCUUUCUGUCUUCCUGGCUUAGACCUUCAACAUAUUCUGAGAUUUCCAUUUUCUCAAAUUUCUAACUUUUCUCCUUUUAAUUUAAAGUUGUGUACGCUUUCAUCUGUGAGUUUCAUAGGUACGCACGUCGUUUCUCGGCCAUGUUUUGCCACACGUUCUGCGCGCGCAUCUUGUUUACAACUCAGCUUUUACGUCACGCGAUAAGGGGUCUAUUGACCACAAGUCCGUAGUCCUGCAGUGGCCACUUGUCCCAUAAUGAUACAGGACAAAGUGUCGCUUAGGAAACGCUUUUACAUUCAUUUCAACUGGCAGUGGAGACCCCAAGAUACGGGGCCUGGAAUAUUUUCUGGAGGGAAUACUCUGAGGAAUUUUGUGAGUCUCUGGCCUAGAUUUCAUGGCACUCACAUCUUUUUCUGUCUUUAUAGCACUUAAAGCAAGUUCCUCAUAUGUGGACUGGAUUGUUUGGUUUAAGCCAUUCAAGUAAAUUUUAGUUUUAUUCAAGCCUUAUUGUAUGCUUAUGGUGAUGAUAUACAUGUAAUUUAAUACUGGCCUCUGUUUCUAAUAUAGAAAAGUGUUAUAAGUGCAGUACUUCAUUAAAACUGUCAAGGAAACAGAGUUCAUCUUUGUGGGUUUUAUAAGCAGAGUUUUAAGUUUAUCGGACUGGAAUUUUACCUGUUGUAAAAGUUACAUUUUGUACUUGGUGCAGACUUUAAAGGUUUUUUUUUGCGUUUUUUUUUAAUAAUGACAUUACCUGUUAACAUUAGUAGAGAAUAAACCAGUAUGCCAAGUUAGAAUGGGACGAUAAACAAACUUAGGAACUUGGAAUUGAAGAUUUAGCAAGCAUUGUCAUAAUGUUAUUAUACAAUAGUUGAUUGAAACAUUCUCUACUGCUUUUUUGUUUGUUUUUGUAAUUUGAAAUUGACGCCUUUUUUUUUUUUACUGUGGAUGGGGUCAAUAUGCAGUUCUUGAUAGAAGAUUUGUUAAUUUCCUGUACUAAAAAGGAUGACUUUUAAAUCAGGUACAAAAUCCAACUCUCAGUUUAAUCAGCAAUUAACCUUGAGCCUUAGUCUGCAAGGCACUCAGACAGACUCAGUAUGUUUUAUCAAGGCAACAGAGUUGGAGCAUCACAGCACUGCAGCCUGUUAUAUGAUUAUAUGGCAUUUAUAUAUAAAUUUGAAUAACUGAAGCUGCCACAAGGAUUUUUUUUUUAUGUGACCAUGUGGUACGCGCUCUAACCAUUCACCCCCGAUUUUGGGAUCUUUGCCAACUUUGAGUUGGCCUCACUUGGAGUUGUUGUCUUUGAGUGUUUUGCAGCAGAAUGACUUAAUUGUUGCAAAGGUCAACAUUCCCCCUCUGUCAGCUUCUGCACUUGUUUAGAAGAGAAGAGUGAGAGUUGUGGCAGCUUGGGAAAACAGCUGUUUGCAAGCUGUACAGGGUAUCUAAAGUUGUGCAUAUGUAUCUCGUCUAGUCAGAGUUCAUGGGGAAUCGGACUCGGAGACGAGCUUUUGGAAGGAUUUGAAAUCAGUGUAUAGCGAUAUCUAAUCUUCUCACUGAUGGUCUCAUUUAUUUAUGUCGGUCAUAUAGAGGCAUCACAAUUAAAGUGAGACUGAUUUUUUUAAAAACGGUAAAAAAAACUCCUUGUGGCAGCUUUAAUUUGAGUCAGAUUCAGACUCCGUUUAAACUAAAUUGGACAGUGAAAUUGACCAAAGCCCUGCGUAUGGGCAGUUGUCUUUUUCUUUUUCUUUCUUUCUCUCUUUUUCUUUCUGCCUUUCUGUCUUUUUAUUCUUUCUUCUAAAAAUAUCACAGUAUCUCAGAGUUUUUAUAUAGAGUUGAAUAUGAAUAGGUACAAUUAUUUCUGCAUUAGAGAUGUGCAUUUUGUAUCAUAGAUACAUUACAGUUGUUGUCUGUGCAAUCACUGCAUCACUUUUCCCAUAAUGACAAUCAGUCUCACACUUUCCCUCCGGUUUUAUUGUAGUGGUCAGUUUUCUACGAAUCUUGUUUUUCUUUGUAUGAGUUUGUAUAUGUAUCAGUAGCAUUUUUUCCUCCGAGGAAUAACAUAAACAUUUUUAUUUAGAAGUGUCAUUUAUGUUUUGCUUUGCUACUUUUAUAUUCAGUGUGCUGAAAAUUGUAUUUCAUUCAAUGCACAUCAGUCAUCUUUUCAGCUGCUCUACCGCAUUUGUGCUUAAAACUGUGUUGCAUAUGUUUUCAGAAACAUUAAAAUCUAAUUUGUUGUGAACAAAUUAGCUUAUUGCAAACUAAGUGUACUUAAAGUACUUUUUUGAGCAGGUUUCCUUGAUUUAAAAAAGAAAAAAGUCAGAUUUCCUAGGAACCCAAUCCCAAGUGCACCAAUAUCUUGAAAACCAUAUGAAAAUAUGCAUAUGCAUAGGCCUACCUACACAUAUUACUGUUCAAUAACAUCACCUGCAGCGAUAUGAAUGAUAAUAGACUUAAAGUCAGCAAUGAUCAUGUUUUCUCUUGAAAUAAAUGUCAAUUCUAAUAUCUGGGUUUAACACUCAUAAAGACUGUUUUUAAAGGCACUUAUGUGAACUGACCUUUGUACAUGUAAUUUCAUUAAAAUGAGUGCAUGUCAUUUUUAAGCGGGGUUUUAUAAUCUUGUCACUGUAUGCCCUAAGAGCUUUAUUGAUUAUUAUUUAAUUUUAUUGUGCAUUGCCGUGCAUGAAGUUGCUUAAAUGCAUUUUAUUAAAUGCUGUGCAAAAAAUGCAGACUUAAAUGUUGUGGCUUUAAUAUGUUAUGAGCAGUUGCCAUGGUAGAGGAUAUUAAACCAGAAAGAGUUUUUCUGUUUGCUUGAUUUUCUUUUUCUGUAAUGAGUAUCCUAUGGUUAAAGUUUUUAUAAAUGUACAUGUAAGUGUUCAGUCAUGUAAAACGUGGUUCUUCAAACAUUGUGAUUGAACAACUAUUAUUCAAACAAGAUUCAAUUUUUUGAUCGAGUUUGUCAUAACCCUUCAUUUUCUACCUCAUUAAUGAACGAAACAAAAAAAGUGUAUUUCAUGAUUGAGCUCUUGUAUCAGCAUUCCGUUCUCUCAGACUGGCUUUGAAGCCACAGAAUUUCCAGUUCUGAAGAAAUAAACACCU